CGGGGGCGGGCCCGAGUUGGAAGUGACUCAGAUUUCAAGGGUUGGUCCUCUAAGAAGGAGAUCCGUGCUGAAGGCUCACAUUGUGCCGACCGACUCCGAACAGAUCGACCUCCCCGAGAACUCCACGCAGAAUCCGCAGACAUGGGCGUCCCAUCAGAAAUGGAGCAAGCCAUGGAGACCAUCAUGUUCACCUUCCACAAAUACUCCGGGGACAAGAGCUACAUGUCCAAGGAGGACCUGCACCGCCUGAUGGAGAGCCAGUUCAGCGAAUUCCUCAAGAACCAGAACGACCCGCUGGCGGUGGACAAGAUCAUGAAGGAUCUGGAUCAGUGCCGCGAUGGGCGGGUCAACUUCCACAGCUUCUUCUCCCUCAUCGCCGGCCUCAGCAUCGCCUGCAAUGACUAUUACUGCAAGAACAUGAAGGGCCGGAAGUGA